AUGGCUCCCGGGAACAAGAAGCAAACUGCUGCAAGCACUGCCAGCGCUGCUAGCGCUGCCAGCAUCGCCAGCACUGGUGCGAACGGAUCUUCGUCAAAGCUCCAGGGCAAGAAAGACAAUGCCGCUGAGAAGGGGCCUGAGGAUACGCUGAAUCAGAACUUGAAGAGACUGGGGCAGUGUCGCAUGCAAUCUUUCCAGUUGGAGAACCAAGUCAUCAAUGAGUGCUUGCAGCGUGUGUCCGACCUCCAGGAGCGGCUUUCGGCCGCCGAGUCCCGCGUUGCUGAGCUCCAGCAAGAGCUAGCCACUGCGAGGUCUGCAGCCGCGCCGCGGCAAGGGGACACCUCGGGUGCCUACGACGCCAAGAAGCCCCCGUGCUUUCGCACGGCCAACCAAGACAUCGUGGGCAGCGUCCAGGCCGGUUACCUCUCGAUACAGAACGGUGCCGUCAUCGUCGCGACACACAUCCAGGAGGACUACUACUUCGGCUACCAGUUCACGCAGCCCGCGAACCAGGGCUGGUUCAAAGCGGCCCAGACUCGCGACUUCGACCGGCGCGAGUUCGCGGAAGGUCUGUGGCUAUGGGCUUUGAAGACUUUGUCAAGUCCUGCCGCACUGACCUCUUGUUUGCCUGUGAGCUUCUCAACUCCGGUGAGUAUUCCGUAUUUCUUUACCGUGGAGAAAGAGGGACAGGGGGCGGAAGGGGCGAAGGGGGAGGAGAGCCGUGACCCCGGCCAUGGCCCAUCGCUACAUUGGCCAGCGAUGAGCGUGCUGGAGACCGUGCAGGAGACGCUCUUUAAGCAGUUUCUGGGUGGUGCCAACCCCACACGCCGGCUUGGGGCCGCCAAGGAGGUCAAUGGGCCGAGCCGCGUGGAAGAUCUCCCAUGGUGGCGCUACAACCGUGCCCUGGCACUCUGGUACUGCGAGUGGCUGGAUACCUACUACGACAGUGGGGAUGGCGCCUUCUUCUGGCGCGACGAGCUCACGCAGGCCUUCGAGGAUGCGGACAUGGCGGAGGUGAAGGAGGCCGCAGAGAGGAUGCGGCUGGAGCUGCCUCGUGAAGGCCCCGAUGCCGGCGUGCUGGAGGAUCAGGAGCUCCCGGAGGAUGUUGGCAACGGGUGCGAAGAGACCCUGGCCGGUGCAUGCAGGUCUUCGGCCGCAGAGGCCACUCUACCUGCGGAGGAUGGUGACUGGCAUGUUGCGGCCUUGGCGAACGUGUCGGAAGACGAGGAGCUCUGGACGGACGCGGGGCAAGGCAACUUCACGCAUUGGGCUGCCGAGGUGGGUCGAAUGUUCCUGUGGUCAGAGACGGCGGGUGUGCUUUACGAGUACCUCCCUGGACAGAGCAGCAGCAGCUCCGCAUCAACGCCGCCUCGGUACGAGGCCCUCUGGGCGGCACAGGGCCCUCUGGCGAUUCUCAGCCACCGAGACGAUCCGCAGAGCGCGCGGCUCGUGGAUCGUCGCGGUUUGCUUCUGGGGAGUGCGGCUUCCGAUGAGUCGGCAGAUGGCGAGGCGCCCUUCUGGGAGUUGCCGGGUCCUGGAAUCCGGCCCCGGCACGCCCGCCUGGCACACGGCAGGAGCGGUUGGUAUGUGGAGGUGUUUCCUGAUGCUGAGAUCCUGGUGGAUGGCCAGCGAGCUGACGCAGAGCAAAGUUCUCUGCUGCUGAAGCACGGGAGUUUGCUGCGGCUGGGCGCGCUGGCCGAGCUCCGAGUGGACCUACCCGAGACGCCCGACUCCGUCCGCCCAGGACCCACCCCGACAGCAUCCACGGGCGCAUGCCCUGCUGUGUUGGAGAGGGGCUUCGUGGCCCGCCGGGAGGAGGAGCCGGAGCUGCCUCCAGCGGCGCUCUCCGGCUCAGCGCGAGCCCGGGAGCUGAAUCGCGCCUUGCGCCGCAUCAUCUGCGGCCCGGCAGCGGCCGCCUCCGUCGGCGAGAGGAACGAUGCGCUGCGCAGGGAGACUCUUUAUGAGGACCGGGCCGAGAAGCGCCGGCGCCUCCACCCCGUGGAGUGGUCCCAGGUUCCUGCCACGACGAAGGAUAGCGCAGACCGGCACCGCGAUGCUUUGCUGCAGCUUCUGGACGAGACUACUUCGCAGGCACCUCCAGAUCGCCGCUUUCGUGAAGCUCCUCCGGCAUGA